GUUCGGCUUUAGCUCGAGACUCGCUCGCUGGUCGCACCGUGAAACCCAGCCAAUCCAAUCUGGUCCCGGUGACGCGGGUGAGGCAGGCUUCAGCACGGGCUCCAUCAUAAUAUUUAACACCCACUCGCCCCUCCUUCCUUUACCCCUAACCCUGAGAGCGCACUAGUCCUGGCCUGGCUGAAUGGGCACUGACCUGGGCGACAGGAGUUUGGCGGACAGAUCGACACCUGUCACGGAGAGACACGACGGGGUUUUCGAGCGGUGUUUUUCGGCGUCCCGUGUGGUUUUUACGUCGCUCUUUCACCACGCUUCCUAGCGAAUGACCCGACUUGUGGCAUUUUUUGCAUCGCACUUCAUUCGCGAUCGUUUAGCCGGAGGUGGAGCUCCCUGAGCGGGGACGAGGACUGCGCUGAUGCGGCUUCGUGCCGGAGCCGAGAUGCAGCUGGCCGCCGCGUUUAGGUUCGGCGGAAAGCGGGCAGUAGAUAUGUGGCAGCGGUGCCCGUAGGGAAAUAUUCCUUAAAAAGUCCGCUGUCCGUCCGUGACGACGAGCCAAUAACCCGGCAGGACGAGAAAAAAACCAAGACUACAGGUACUUAAUUUCAGAAUCCUGGUUUACGUUUAAAGAACAUUUUCUUUCCCACGUGCUCUGUUUGGGCUUCAUCCCGAGACGCUGCUAAUGUGGUAUUCGCACGGCUGAAAAAUAACAACACAAAAAAUAGGUGGUGGACUAUAAUAAGAAAAAAAGAUGAUCCUGUUCCGUAAGUUCCGACUGCUCAUCCUCAUGGUGUUUCUGGUGGCGUGCACCAUGCACAUCAUGAUCGACCUGCUGCCCCGGCUGGAAAGGAGAGCGGCCGGCCCAGGUUCCGGCGGAGGAGGAGGAGGAGACGCGGGCUGCUCGUGCGCCCACAGCCCGAGCGAGGAGCCUCGCGGGCGGCCAAAGCAGCGCUCCAGAGCCGCUGCCUCUGCAGUUCAGGCAGGUUGGCCAGGCAAGCACACGCUGAGGAUACUGCAGGACUUCAGCAACGAACCCAGCUCCAACCUCACCUCGCAGUCGCUGGAGAAGCUGGCCGGCGCUGGGGACAGAGCAGAGCCGGUCAAAAGAGCGGACGAGACGUUAGAGGAGAAGCAGAAGAGCCUGAUAAAGGAGAGAGGGAACCGGGGCAAAGAAAAGCCAGAGCAGCGCGCCUCUAGGCUCGCGGCUCUCUACGAGCACCCGCUCUAUAAGAGCGACCUGCCGCCGUUAACGGACGACGACACGCUCUUCAACGUCAACACUGACAUACGGUUUUACCCGAAAGCCGCGGGAAACCAAGAAUGGCACAACGAUGGGAAUGAGGAAGAGGAAGGGUACAGCCCGACGGGGGAGGUCACUGCUGAGUCAUACCCCAACUGGCUUCGCUUCCACAUUGGGAUUAACCGUUAUGAGCUCUACUCUAGACACAACCCAGUGGUGGAGGCCCUGCUGAAGGACUUGCAGUCGCAGAGGAUCACCAGCGUAGCCAUGAAGUCCGGUGGAACCCAGCUAAAACUCAUCAUGACGUUCCAGAACUACGGACAAGCACUCUUCAAGCCGAUGAAGCAAACCAGGGAGCAGGAGACGCCCCCGGACUUCUUCUACUUCUCCGACUUUGAGAGACAUAACGCGGAGAUUGCAGCAUUUCAUCUCGACAGAAUUCUGGAUUUCCGGCGUGUCCCGCCAGUUGCUGGCAGGCUGGUGAACAUGACGAGGGAAAUCCGGGACGUGACCCGUGACAAAAAACUCUGGCGGACGUUCUUCAUCUCCCCAGCCAACAACAUCUGCUUCUAUGGAGAGUGUUCAUACUAUUGCUCCACUGAGCAUGCUUUGUGUGGAAAGCCUGACCAGAUCGAGGGCUCACUGGCUGCUUUUCUGCCUGACCUCGCCCUGGCCAAGCGCAAAACCUGGAGGAACCCUUGGAGGCGCUCCUACCACAAGCGCAAGAAAGCUGAGUGGGAAGUGGAUCCAGAUUACUGUGAUGAAGUCAAGCAGACUCCGCCUUAUGAUCGUGGCACACGCUUGCUGGACAUCAUGGAUAUGACAAUCUUUGACUUUCUUAUGGGCAACAUGGACCGUCACCAUUACGAGACCUUUGAGAAGUUUGGGAACGAGACGUUCAUCAUCCAUUUGGACAACGGCAGAGGGUUUGGAAAACACUCACAUGACGAAAUGUCCAUCUUGGUGCCUUUGAGCCAGUGCUGCAGGGUCAGGAGGUCUACCUACCUGCGACUGCAGCUGCUGGCUAAGGAGGAGUACCAGCUGAGCUCUCUGAUGGAGGAGUCUCUCCUGCGGGACCGCCUCGUCCCCAUCCUCAUCAAGCCACACCUGCAGGCUCUGGACCGCCGCCUGCGCCUGGCCCUUAACGUGCUGGCUGAGUGCAUUGAAAAGGAGGGCUACACCGCCGUAGUGGAGCAUGACUUCGACCCCCAGCCAGCCGCCUCCCCCCUCCAUCAGGCCCCCAGAGCCAGGUAGUAGGGACCCCGAGACCUGGAGCCACAGAGCCCCACAGCCUCGGCCUCGCCACGACACGCCCGCCAGUGAGCGUCAGGCUCGCGCCCGAGCCACAGCUUUGAAUUCAGUGAAUUCCGAGACUCGCUGCAAAUGCCUCUGAACCAAACCGCCCCGCAUACCUGUCCGUGUUGUUGUAUGUCAACAAAUACCAGACAUGAGAGUGCUUUUUUCAGAGGCUUUAAACCAGCGGCAUUACGGAAAAGAGGUCCAUUUUCUUUCCUUUUGAUGGCACCCUUGAGUACCUGGGACUGCGUUUAUUUUUAUUUUUUUAAGGCAAGGCUUGCAUUUUUAUCUGUGAUGGAAUCUGCAGUACUUACUGUUUUGUUACAUCCCGCUUUUUAUUCCAUGCAGAAAUAAUUUAUUUAAUUUGUGCAUAUUUAUCUUUAAAAGUAAUUUACAGUAGAUUUUUACAAAAAAAUGCUGACAGAAUGGCUUUAGAUAUGGGGGGAUUGUGGGAAAAAAAAGAAGUGAAUACAGUUUAUGUAGUCCAGUUAACAUAAGACUUCUACAUAUAUCUGUGGCUGCUGUUUGUUUUGUAUGUAGCCAACUGUUGCAGUGCUCUGUGUGAGAUCGUUUCAUAAGGGCAUAUUGAAGCUUUAAGAGGAGUACUGCAGUGCGGUGCUUCUCCUGCGAAGACUCAACUCCUCUCCUCUUUGAGUCUGACCUGAUUUGGUUUUCCUGGCCUCCGGUCGCUUUCGGCACCUUUCACGGAGGCUUCAGUAAAUUGGAUAUUGUGCAAUCCGACGUUGAGAGGGUUUUUUCUUCGUGUUUUCAUCUUUCAUUUUGGUUUAUUCAGCAGUGGAGUGCGAGCAUCAUUUGGGGUUAUUCAUAAGGGUACACUUGGUAGAAACUUGCAGGAGGAGUGCAGAAUGACACUGAUUGGUGUUUUUGUUCAGGCAGCCCGGGCGCUGCCCGCCAUCUCCGACCCCAUGCUGAACGCACCUGUUCUCCCAGCAAGGGCAGCUUCAGCGCUUCCUCAGACGUAGCGCUGCAGACACUUGGUGAUUCUGUGUCCUUUUUUUUGCUGCACAUGGGCUAUCUGAUAACAUUAACGGCUGCGCUCUUGCAGCCUACAGUGCAAUCACAGAGAACAAAUCAAGGACGAUAUGGUUUGACUGAUGGAAAUGACAAGUGACCCCUGUUAUUUCACUGCAGGGCAUUUCAUUGUCACGUCUAUACUUCAUUGUCUAUGUUUGGUUCAUUCUGCCAUUUAGAAAUUAUAAAACAGAAAGAUACAAUUCUGCCCCAAUGUAUAUAAAGCCUUUGUGUUUUUUGUAAGAUAAAACAAAAGGCCUGUUCGCUGCAGUUGUUACUAGAAUUUUUAAAGAUACUUCAGACUUCACACUGUCAUUAUCAUUGCAGUAAUUUCACUCAAAAGCUCAUUUUACAUGCGUUCUUCUCUGCAGAUUUUAAAAUUUUUCGUUUGCUAGUUUCCAGUAUGAACCAUCUCCUAAACUAUGGCCAAAAAGGCAAAAGAGUGCCUUUAGCAUUUCCACAGGAGCAGCUGUCCAUUCAGCUUAAAAAGAGACUCUUACUGACACAUGCCAACUUUUUUUUUAAGAACAAGAGGAUUAUUUUCCUUUAAGUUCCAAAUCAAGCUAUUGCAAGACACUCAGUGCACUUGUGUGUUGUAUUUGAAAGCUUCACUUUAUUAUUUAUUAAUGUCUAAGGAUGGUAUAUUUGUGCAAAAAAACCUUCACUCUUUGUUGCUUUUUGUUUUUUGUUGUUUUUGAAAAGUCCCCGUUUCUGAUUAACAUUCGGACAUGGAGUAGGGAAUGAAGAGUUGUGGCGUGUGUGUGUGUUUUUCUGUGUAAACUCAGUGCCUGUGCAAUGCUAGAAAUACUUGAAUGUUUUGGGAUUCAUCACAAAUGGACCUUUGAAGCCCCAUGUUCUGGACUCGGACUCAGAAGCCAGGGGGUGGGGUUUUGUGGGGUUUCUCAGCAGGGAGAAGGCAUGAUCAUGGUGGGCUUCUGGAGGCCAGUCCAGCUGGAAUAUCUCCCUGCUCUUUCAUUGUGUAUGUGUACAUAUCUAUAAAUACUGUACGUAGAACACAAUAGGCUGUUGUUAACAGCCAAUUGCUUCUGUUUUCUCUCUCUCUCUCUCUCUCUCUUAUGCAUUGUUACUGUGAUGACUUGUUUGCAAAAUGAUAAAAGUGUGCAAUAAAAGAAGCGAAGCUGUUGAA